AUGAGUAUUGAGGAGAUGAAGGAACUUGCACCAAAAAAGGAGGUCAUGUUUUGGAAUGUUCACGAGAUCUGCCAGAUGGAAGGGUUCUGGUUCCUUGCUCAUCUCAUGGAAUCCAUGGUGGCAUUCAGGUCGGACUUCCAGCCGAGAAGCGAAGACGUCCUCAUCACGUCGUUCCCUAAAACGGGGACGACAUGGCUCAUGGCUCUCUGUCACAACAUCCUUCACCGCCACGACAACAGAGAAGAAGACGACAUUCUGACGAGGAUGAACCUGCACGAGGUCGUUCCGACGCUCGACGUGUUUUUUCUCACCGACCAAGUCCAAAAUCUUUUGCUCAAUUCGGGCGGUGGUCGAUUGCUCCAUACUCACCUGCCUUAUACUUGCUUGCCGGAGUCCGUGAGGAACUCCGGAUGCAAGAUUGUCCACGUGACACGGAACCCGAAGGACACUCUGGUGUCGAUGUGGCAUUUCUUCAACAAGGUCCUCAAACGCGACCCGACGGCUACCGGCCCGUUCCCGAUGGAGGGAGCGGUGGAGAGCUUCUGCACUGGGGUUCUUCCCUGGGGGCCUUUUCACGAAAAUGUGGUGAGCUAUUGGGAGGAGAGCAAGAAGCGGCCGGACGAGGUGUUGUUUCUCAAGUAUGAGGACAUGUGCAGAGACCCCAAAAAGGAAGUGAGGAAGCUGGCUUCAUUUCUGGGGAAGCCGUUUCCCCCGACAUCGGUGAAUGGAGGUGUUGAUGAGGAGGUGGAGAAGGUGUUGUGGCGCAGCAGUUUGGGUAGGCUCAGGGAGUUGGAGGUUAACAAGAAUAAUGUUGUUUCGGAAUUAACCCAGAUAUCCAAUAGCUCUUAUUUUAGGAAAGGAACCGUGGGGGACUGGAAGAACUACUUGACUCCCCAAAUGGCUGAACGUGUCGACCAGCUGACGCAGCUCAAGUUGCAGGGAACUGGGCUUUCUCUUGAUGAUUUCUAA